AUGUUUAAAUUUCUUCUCUUCUGUGUCAUACUACACAGCGCUACUAGUUGGGUAGCUGACUACAAAAAUCAGCACGUCCACCGCCAGUUGCUUCGUUUUAAAAGAGACACUGAUUCCUUAGAACCACCACCACCGGACGCGGCUGUUAUCUUUCCAGGAACAAAAUGGUGUGGAUCCGGGAGCAAUGCGAAGGAUUACGAUGAUCUCGGCAAAGAAGUUGAAACGGACAAGUGUUGCCGCGAACACGACAACUGUCCGGAUUAUAUAGCCGCUGGACAAACAAAACAUAACUUAACCAACACCGCGUCCUACACUCGCUUAUCGUGUAAAUGCGAUGAUGACUUUUUACAAUGUCUACACCACGCAAAUACAACAACAUCCGCUAAUGUUGGCUCAAUUUACUUUGAAUAUUUGGGUACGCAGUGUUAUAAAAAAGACAAGCCAAUAACAGGAUGCGAGAAGUUACAAAAAGGAUUCUUUUAUAGUAAAUGUCUGAAGUAUACUUUUGAUGAGAACGGUACCAAAUGGUGUGGUGCUGGUAACAUAGCUGAUGGCUACGAUGACCUAGGACCAGAAGAAGAAGCAGAUAGGUGCUGCAGGGACCACGACAAUUGUGCAGAUUAUAUACCCGCUGGGGAAUCAAAACACAACUUGACAAAUAGAGCAUUUUAUAGUCGGUUAGCCUGUAUUUGCGACCUGAACUUUCGCCAGUGUUUACAUGAAGCUAAUACGAAUACCGCCAACAAAAUCGGUUCAGUAUACUUUGACUUAUUGGGUACGGAGUGCUUCAAGGAGGACUACCUGGUCACAGGCUGUAAAAAGCGAGGCGGUUGGCUGAAUACGAAAUGCGUGGAGUAUACCUAUGACCGAACAAGCGAUCCUAAAUAUCAAUGGUUUGAUGUACCGGCAUACAAUUAUUGA